AUGGUAAUGACUGGCGAACAAAAAGUUGAGGUUAAUCAGAGGAACUUGAUCGAUAAGGUUUUGGCAAGAUAUUCGGCAGAGUUCGUGAUAUAUAGGGAAUUGAUGCAGAAUUCAGACGAUGCCCAGGCCAAAACCGUCCAAAUAACAUUUGAAACCGACAAGUCAAAAAAAUGCAGACGAAUCAUAUUCAAGAAUAAUGGUUUCCUGUUUCGAGAUGAAGAUUGGAACAGGUUGAAAAAAAUCGCAGAGGGAAAUCCUGAUGUAGAAAAGAUUGGAGCAUUUGGAGUCGGAUUUUAUUCGUUGUUUUCAAUUUGUGAAGAGCCAUUCAUUUCGUCAGGUACACAAGGUAUGGCCUUUUAUUGGCGCAAUGAUCAGUUAUUUUCCAAAAUGGGUGGUAUAAAACAAGAUGACAUGAUUUGGACAACUUUUCUAAUGGAUACACGAAGAAAAGAAAAUUUACCUAAUAUAGGAUAUUUUGGACGUUUCUUAGCCACAUCAUUGGGCUUUACAAGAAAUCUUCGUAAAGUCAUUGUUUAUUUUAAUGAUACAGAAGUAAUUCAUCUGACAAAAGAGACCAAUAAAUCACUUUCAAUUAAUAUGGAUAUUGGACUAAACAAAUUUUCGCCAAAGAAUAUGUUCCGAUUAAAAUCUGUUGAUGUAUGUAAUGUUCGACUACAUUUUAGAGGAUUAAUUGGUCCUGAAAAAUCACAAAUAUCACAAUCCACUUCUCUGAAGAUUGCAUGUGGUAAUCUGGGUGUAGAUGUGUCUAAAUCUUUUAGUGAAGAGAUGGAAUUUGCUACUAAAAAAAAACCACCAAAUAACACAACAAUACAAAUGAUUUUUACUGGACACGAUGAACGCAAUUUGCCAGGAAAUUCUAAUAAAGAAAUAUUAAAUAUUUUUAAAGACCUAACACCAUUUCCUGAUCAAGGUAGAAUAUUCAUUGGAUUUCCAACCCAUCAAACCACAGGUUGUUCUGUGCACUUGGCAGCUCGAGUGAUUCCCACAGUUGAACGUGAAUCAAUAGAUUUAGUACAUAAGACUUUAUCAGUGUAUAAUAAGGAGAUGUUAUGUUCAGCCGGAAUUUUGGCUCGUAUAGUGUAUGAUGAUGAAAUGAAUCAAAUUUCAAGGCUAUGUAUGGAUAUUGACCCAAAAUUAUUAAACUCUGAUGAUAAACAAGAUAAAAAAGGUUUUGAAUAUUUACAGGAAUGUUCUGUACACAUUUUACAACACUUUACAUUCAAAACAAGCACGCCUAAUAAUAUGGUUGCAAAGAUCAUUGAAUCUCAAUUUUUUGACUGCACAAAAAAAUCGCUACAAAUUUUAUCUACUCAUGGUGUUCUGCCAAUUAAUUCCGUGCGGGUUCCAAAUAAAGAGGUGGUUUCAUUUAUCAAAACAAUUCCUAUGGUCCCAUUCUCAUUGUUUACCGAGUGUUCAGAAUUUUUCACAAUAGCAAAAGAUAUUCUGAAAUGCAUUAGUGAGAUUUCAAUUGAUGAUGUGUUUGAGGAACUAGAAAGACGUCGAUUAAAUGACGAAGAAUUAUCAGAUUUGUUCAAGUGGUGGAUAGGGUACCGUUCCAAAAAUUAUAUAACUGAUGAACAAUUUCGUAAAUUUAUGUGCCUCGUUUCUAUAGGAGACGAUCUUACACCUCUUAAUCAUAUUCGCUACUUCCUAAACCCACAUGUUAUUCCACCAACUAUUGAAGUUCCACCAGAUGUUUUACCUUACUCUAUUAGUAAACCAUUACGAAAAGAAGACUUGGAGGCUCAUUUUGGAAAUUGGACUGAGCUUACCAUCUUGACGUGGACUCAGUAUAUUUUUACAAAACCUGGAAUAGAUGAUCCUGAUUUUGCAGAAAAAAUUUUGAGAAUCAUUUCGCAUCAAUUUAAAAACUUGUCAAAGUCUGACCUCAAAGCAAUAAAAAAAAUCAUGGCUAAAAAGAGAUGCAUUCCAACAGUAUCUGGUAUGAAAUUACCUAAAGAAUCUUACUUUCCAGAUGUCAAGUUAUUACCUGAUCUGCCGAACGUUAAUUUAAAACAACACAAAACAAAAAACCUCGACGAGUUUUUAUUGUUUAUUGGCGUGAAAAAACAUGUUGAGUUGCAACUUGUGUUUGAUCAACUUUUUAAUAAAGGAAGUUGGGAUCAUAUGGAGUUAAUAAAAUAUUUGACCUCAAUUGACCUUGGAUGUGACGAUAUAGAAAAAUUGGAAACUUCGGUAAUAUGGCCAAUUGAAUCUGGAAACGAAACCCAAAAAUUUACGGCAAAAGAAUUAUAUGCACCAUUGCCCAAAUUAAUUGAACUUGAAUUACCCAUCAUCAAAUGGAAAGGCCGAUUUUAUAAAAAUACUAAAGAAGGCAAAUUUAUCUUAAAACUUGGUCUACGUGAAUAUCCACCACUCGAUGAAAUUCUUAAACUGGCAUCGAAUUCUCCUAUUCGUCAAAAAGCAUUUGAAUAUUUUCUUGAUAAUUUUAGAGAUAAAUAUGCUAAAGAUUAUGAUGCAAGGUCAAUAAAUGUGCCAUUUCUGCCGUGCAUGGAUCCAAAUGUUUAUUCAGAACCCUCAAAAUGUUUUUUUAAUCCUGAAUGUGCAAUAAUGGGAUUUAAUGUACUACGCAAAGAUUUACGUUGUAGAGCUGAAGAAUUGGGUGUAGUGCAAAAUCCAGAUCACUCGCAGUUGUCGGAUAAACUAAUCAAAGAGCUUCCAGAAAAUGAAGAAAAGGCUAAGCUGGUUUUUGAAUUUUUAUUUUCAUGCACAUCUAGUUCAGACUCGACUGCUUUUAGUAAAUUGAAAUUUAUUCCAACCCGUGACAAAGAUCUACCUAAUACAUUCAAAUACAAUCUUCCACAAGAUUGUUUUUUCAUGAACUCUGAAGAAGAAAGGACCGAACUCAUAGAUUUCUUUCCUUAUGUUGAUUUUGGAGAUAAGGCAAAUGUAUUUUUACGAAAUUGUGGUGUCAAAGAUAAACCAUCACCAUCCCAACUAGCUGAAUUUCUUGUUAACUCCUCAGAUGCAUUUUUGGAGAAAAUUGAUGGAAAUAAAGAUAAAUACGUCUCAAUAUUGGAUAAAAUUGCUAUUGAUUUUUCUUCCAUCGAAAAGAAUUCAGGACUUUUAUUCAAGAUGAAGCGAGAGCAAAUCUUGCUAGGAAAGAAUAAUGACAAGGCAGGCAAUGUAAAAUAUGAGUUAGCACGUGCAAAAGAUAUUUAUAUAAACGACAAUUCAUUUUAUGCUGACAUGUUUAAGCCACUAACUUGCCCCAUCGAUGAAUUAUUAGAAAAGUUAUAUCGGAGUCUCGGAAGUUAUUCUUUGGAUAGCAGUGUUACAUCAUCUUUUGUUACAAUAGGAACUCCAGAACUCACAGGAAAGUCUCAAGAAUUGCAGAAUUUAAUUAGAGAGCGUUUUCCGUUAUUUUAUUAUAAUAAAGAGCCAUAUAAGAUCAAAUUUCCUGAAGAUUCGAUGAAAGAAUUGAAUGUAAUGGAAGUUGAAGAUAUUAAAGGAACCUAUCGCUUUAAUGAAAAAACCAAAACUGAUUCGAAGGCUUGUAAAAUAGAAUCCAAUAAAGAAAAGCGUAAAUUUACAAUAUAUUUCAAAUGUGACGAAGAUGAACCAGAUCUUUUAGGUAUUGCUGCUGAAAUUUCACAACAUAUUUAUGAAAAACCAGAACCUCAGGAUACUUCACACAUAAGUAUUUUAUUAAUGACGCCACUAAAUGCGCUUAAAAAGAAUGGAUAUCCGGUGGAUCGUAUGCUGGAAGAAAGAACAAAAAACACUAUUAAAAUUCCCACUGCCACAAUGCGAAAUCAAGAAGAAUGGGAUUUUGGAUUAUUCCAAAAUCCUUUUUAUAUUAAUCCACCAUGGAAGAUGCUUGGUUCUGGGUCAGAUCCUAUCCAUUGUUCAAAAGAAUAUUUGCGUGAAGCAUUGCGUAAUGGUGUGAGUUCUUGUUGUCCCAAUUCAAGAGCAGUAAUUGAUUUUCAAACUGGGUUAAAUGUUGACAGAGAGCCUGAAAAGAAUCAUUGCGAUAUUUCACAAGGUCAACCAUUAAAACGUGUCAGAGUAAUUAAUGAGAUCAAUAUUUAUAUCCUUAAGAAACUAGUUGAAUCGAAAGUUUUAACAUAUGCCAGAUUAAAAUCUAUAGGAAAUUUCAUCAAGAUUCUUAAGGAUCUUUGUGAGGUUUUUGAACUCAACCCUAAAACGAUUAAUAUCUUUUAUGAUCCAGAAGUAGACAUGAUUGCAUUUAAUUCCGCAAAGUCCUUGUUCUUCAAUUUAGAAUUUUACAUAUCUCUUCAUGAUUCCAAUGGCCAACCACCUUCUGCUGAUGUAAUGUUUUAUUGGUUUAUGAGUAUGUGUCACGAGCUGGCUCACAAUUUUGUGUAUGCCCAUAAUUCCGAUCAUGAGUAUUAUUUAUCAUCGUAUUGUAGAACUUAUUUUGAUAAAUUUUUAACUAAAUUAGAUAAACUUAAUAUGAUAAGUUGUAGAAAAUGA